AUGCGUUGCUAUCAGAGCGCGCAUCACUGGAAAGGAGUUGUGGGAUGUGCACGGCGCUUGAAUAUGGAAAGGAAUGAGUUUAAUGAGUUGCUUAUAAAAAUGAUAAAACAUUUCGAAGGAGAAAGGCGCUUCCGUGACGUCGCUGAAAUGUUGUUGCUUCUGGAUGAGCAGUCAAAUACGAUGAAAAUAUUGGAAGCAUACUGUGAAGCAAAUGCGUGGGACUGUGCUGUGGAUAUUGCGAGUAGAGAAGAAGUGUUUGUAAAAUAUGUGUAUGAAAGGGCGAGUGCUCGCUGUGAUCAGAUUUUGCGAAGUUGUGAAGCAUGGAAUAGUACACUGCAACAGUAUUCGUUGCGUCUUGAAACUGUACGCCAAAAGAAGAAAGAUUCUCUCCUUUUAGCAAUCGAAAGAAGCGCGAAUAACGACGACUCAAUGUCAGAUGUAAGGUACUGA